UCGGUGCUGAUAUCGAUCAGCUUUAUUGGCAGAUCAUUGCAACUUCGGAGGAUCCACUUGCGCACUGCCGGAUGUUAGCGUCUAUCAUUAACCUUGACGAACCGUUGAAACUUGUGGAGCUCCAAGAACUCUUUUACGCGGAUAAAAAUAGCUUGGUUGUGACGCUUGAAGCAUUUUCACCGGUGAUCUUGAACGGAUGGGGUCGGGCGCGUUGAGAUUUACCACGCUUCACUCCGGGACUUUAUGAGAGACCCUCUACGCUCGAAGCAAUAUCACAUAGAUGCUGCACACGCUCAUGAGCACCUUGCAUGCUGCCGCCUUGGUUCCAUUACACGCCAGGAUUCCAUUCGCACUGGUGACAUUCUAAUGUCGUUCGAGUCGACAUUGUCCUAUCUAUAUCCAUAUCAGAUGUGGCAUAUCCAUCUUUAUCUUGCCUACCCUAGCAUCAAACUUCGAAAUCUGCUGGCCCUGUUCGCAUGCAAAACACUCCGAUACUGGGUACAGACUCCAAUCAUCGAUGACUUCGACCUCGCGCACACUCUCCUGAUCGCAAGAAGGACUUGUUUAUCCUUGGUGAUUGUUCUGGACGUAUUGAAUUAUCAGGGAGGUGUACUAACCAUAAAUUGCUCAGAAUUGGAUUAGGGGUCCAUCGGACAUUGUAGUUGCAUGGCGUCUCCAUAAAGGUUGCAGUUUGCAAAGCUAGAAAUGGCAAAAAAAAGUAG